AUGAAGGUAUACAUUUGCGUCGGCGCGAUUGCCUUAGCGAGCGCUUGCCGAACACAGGCUCUUCGACUGAGCAGAAGUUUUUUGAGUAAGUUUAGAACUGCUCAAGGUCCAAUACACUUCAAGGAAAGAAAGAAGGUUUCCGAAUACCCUUCCGUGACUGCGCUGCCUGUGUGCUCAGGUCUCUCCGCCGAAGCUGAAUCGACCACUAGACUGGCGGCACGCCGCGAAUCGCUGCAGGAUGCUCUGGAUGAGGAAUGUUCCCAGCAGGCGUCUGCUGCUUGUAGAAGCGGCCUACAGGAUUACUGCAGUGGGACUGUGUAUGCAAGAUAUGACGGUGUGAAAGGCAGUCCUUCUUCAAAACAAUGGAGAUGCUAUACGGAUGGAGCGCUUGAUCUUGAAGCCGCGGGGCCAGGCUGUGUGGACAGUUGCGGAGCGGCGACAAUGUGCCUUGGUGCAUUCAACAGCAAUUCAGUUGCAUAUUUGACCCGUGCGAGUGAACUCACCAACAUAUUGAACUCGCGUACACAAGAGUUCUGCAGCGCCCCAGCGCCAACGCUUCAGGAGGCAUUGGACAGGAAGUGCGCACAGUUCGGCAAGGACUCUUGCAACAGUGGCCUCGUUGCAUACUGCAGGACUGCCGUUUAUGCGCGUUACGAUAAAGGGAGCAGCUCGCAGCAGACAAAGGCGUGGCGCUGUUACGCUGAGAAGGAACUCGACUUCUCGAAGCCUGGUGAUGGCUGUGUGGACGAUUGCGGCAAUAUCACGUCAUGCCGCGGCAGUGUGAGUGGCUAUUCAACAUCCCACCUCACUCGCCCUUCCGAACUUCAAGCGGUCAUUGACAGCGACAAGAGCAACUACUGCAGUGAGGAAUCGGAGCAACAACCAUCACAAGCAACACCACCGUCAGAGAUACCUGAAGGGGCGCCUGAGGAGAGCGAAACGGAGGAUUCAAGUGGUACUCAAGCCGUUCCAGAAGCGCUGCAGCAUGCUUUGGACGCAUUUUGUGCAGAGGAAGGCAAACAAGCGUGCAGCAAUGGGCUAACAGCUUACUGCAACACUGAAAUGUACGCGCGCAAAGAUGUGGGAACCACGACUCAAAAGGCAAAGGAGUGGCGUUGCUAUGCAGCUAGCGAGAUAGACUUUGCAAUCUCCGCCGACGUGUGCGCGGACAACUGCGGAAACCUUACUUCUUGCAGUGGCAGUGUGAAUGGCUCUUCAACUUCCCACCUGACUCGUGCCCCUCAAAUCGAGAACCUGAUCAAGACAGAGAAGGAGGUCUACUGCAAUGAAAUGGGAGUGUCAGACGAACAGACGGAAAGACCGCCGGAGUCGGGGACCCCGCCGUCUUCUGAUUCGCAGAAUCCCCAAUCGGACGCUGAAGUGCCUGGGGGUGAUUGUCUGCAACAUGUUUUGGACGCACGCUGCAUAGCAGCGUUUGCCAAGUUAUGCGUUACUGACGACAGUAUGUGCGAGGUUGCAGUAGCACGAAAGGUUGGCAUCAACUGGGGCUGCUACCCACAAAGUGCGCUGGAUCUGAGUCAGUCCGGUGAAGGCUGUGUAGAUGCCUGCGGAAACGCUGUUAUUUGCCGUGGCACCCCGACGGGGACAGCACCCAGCGGCGCCGAAGACGUGCGGUUAGAUGAGCUUGUGAAUGAGUUGAAGGGAGCUACAUGCAAAAUGGAGGAGAGGGCCGCAUUGUAG